AUGUCGCGAGAAUCUCAGCCGCCGUAUCCUAUCCCGCGAAGGGCACAUCAAAAGUCGCGAACUGGAUGCAAGAACUGCAAACAGAGAAAGGUCAAAUGUGACGAAAGGCGCCCCGUCUGCGACAAAUGCGCUGUCCACUAUGCCAACAUUCAACAAUGUGACUAUGGGGACCAGAGUCCUACGGCAGGCGAAUCAACGACGGCGACGACAAGAUCCGCCGCAGAGAAGCUGAGGAGCUCGUUGAGGACGGUCCCUAUCCUGCCUAGGCCUCGCCCAAAUCACAAAAGUCCCGGCUCUUUGGUCCCGGUUGGCGCUGGAUCGUCAACAUUCGAUCCUUUCACACAGCAUCCACCGUCUGUGGAACCAGACAUAGACCUGCUAAUGGGGACGUACUUCUCCUCCCAUAUCUUCAACGUCUUCCCAUACUACCCCACACCAACUCUGAAUCCUGUGCUGGAAUUCUUCGCCCCACUGAUAACAAAGGAUACGGCUCUGUUCCAUGUCACCCUCCUUGUCAGUGCCUUUCGGUUGGAACAGCACUUACCGCCGAAAGAACGAGUGAGGUGCAUACGGCUCUCCAAGAUCUGCAUGGACCUGAUACAGAACAGGAUAAACGAACCCUUUCCCGACUGUGUCUCUGAUGGGACGCUGGCCGCCGUUGCAGGAGUUGCAGUCAUUGAGCAUGAAAAGGGCAGUCUGCGUCUUUCCCGUAUCCAUGUGACGGGGCUGAAGCAGAUGCUUGAAGUCCGAGGUGGUCUAGAGGCAGUUCGCAUGUCAAACCCUACUGUUGCGAACGUGCUGUUUUGCAUGUUUGUCGCCACAGCCGAUGUCGAAUUCCCAUCCUGUGACGCACAAACAGUCGUCCAGCGCCCUCCAUGGUUCUACCAGAGCCUCCGACUCGACGGGGCUCUCGUCGGCACUGGCGUAGAGCUCCCGAACCCGAGUCCAAUCGAUUUUCAGGCCCACGGUGUCCUGCCAGAGUAUUCGGAGCUCAUGCUGAAUAUCCGCAUGCUCGCCAUGACCUAUCAGACAGCCCAGGACUGCAACUCAGCCAGAGAAUACCAGGAGGUAUUGACAUUUCUGUGCGCCACCUUGCAGCGGCUGCUUACCUUGCCGGUCCCAGACCUGCUGCUGGGCAGCUAUGAAAGUACGAUUACAGCAGCAUGUCGACAUGCUCUGAUCAUUCACGUAUUCGCCCAGUGGUGUGGUCACCAGCCGGAUCCCUCUCUCUUGGUGAGCACUGCCCAGCACGAGCUACUUGCCACGCUCCGCCCCUUGACCGAACAACGAGGAGUAGGUACAAAACUACUCCUAUGGCUCCUUUCCGUCGGUGGCACCUGUCCAUUCGGCCCAGCUCAACACAAGUGGUUCGUAAGCCAGCUUGCAGACACGGCCGCAGACUUAGAGAUUCAUUCCUGGGACAGCAUGAAGGCUAGUCUCAAGCAGGUCAUAUGGCAUGAGUAUCAGGAUGACAGACAACACAAAGAGCUGUGGGAUGAGGCGGUCCAACUCAGAGAGAGUGGAACCCUUCACUCUUCGGAGAUGGUCUAUCACGUACCUUCUGGUGUGUGA